UCGCCGCUGCUUGCUGCUUCAUCCUGAGAGCUGUGGAAGAAGAAAACGAUGGAGCGAAAACAAAGAGAUUGCUGCCGUUUUUAGGGGACCGGAGGACGGCCGUUUCCCGCCGCGGACCCCGCCGUCUCAUGUCUGACGAGGCUACAGGACCUGCGUGCAGCCCAGAGGAAGAAGAUGGAGGAGGAGGAGAUGUUUCCAUGGCGACCCCCAGUGCUCCAGUAUACUGUAUCUGCAGGAAACCAGACAUCAACUGUUUCAUGAUAGGGUGCGACAGCUGCACGGAGUGGUUUCAUGGCAAUUGUAUUGGAGUGUCCGAGAAAGCGGCCAAAGCCAUCAGAGUGUGGUACUGUCUGUCCUGCAGAGACAAAGACCCGUCUCUGGAGAUCAAAUACCGCCAGAAGAAGACGAAAGAAAAGGAUGACAGAGAGAUGGAGCCAGAGAGAGAUGGGGAUGGCAGCUUCAGCGGCCAGCCGAAGGCUGACAGGAGGCGGGCCGCACAGAUCAAGCGUUCGGCCCGGAUGUGUGGUGAGUGUGAUGCCUGUUUGAGGACGGAGGACUGCGCUCAGUGCGACUUCUGCAAGGACAUGAAGAAGUUCGGAGGUCCAAACAAAAUCCGUCAGAAGUGUCGUCAGCGGCAGUGCGAAGUCCGGGCUCGGAAGAUGCUGCGGGUUAGAGACGAAGAGAUGAGCCGCAGCAGCAGCAGGGGGCGUGGCCUGUUGAGGAGGGGGGCGGGGCAUCACACCGAGGAUGAGGACGAGGACGAGGAAGAGGAGGAGGGGUUCAGUGAGAGCGAGCUGGAGCUGUACGAGCAGUACAAGGCGGCCGGAUACGGAGACCUGUUGUGGCACAGUGAGGAUGAGGAGGAGGAGGAGGAUGACGACGACGACGAAGCUCAGUCGGACACGCUGCGGAAGAAGGCGGUGAAGGUGAAACACGUGAAAAGACGGGAUAAGAAGCCAGAAAAGAAGAAGCCUGUGCCUGCUCCAAAAGUGGAGGCAAAGCCCCGCCGUCACAAGGUCAAGCAGCGACACAGGGAGCGCGUGCGGCAUAGUGAGCGAGCAGGGGAGGGCGGGACUAAAGAUGUGAGCGGAGCCAUGAGGCAGUGUUUGGGUCCCGCUUGCACUGAACCGGCAAGAACCAACUCCAAAUACUGCUCUGACGACUGUGGCAUGAAGCUCGCCGCCAAUCGUAUCUACGAGAUCCUCCCUCAGAGGAUCCAGCAGUGGCAGCAGAGCCCCUGUGUUGCCGAGGAGAUGGGUCGGAGACAGCUGGAGCGAAUCAGGAAGGAGCAGCAGGCUGCGAGGCUCCGCCUCACACUGAUGGAGAAGCGUUUUCACGAGCUGGAGGGCAUCAUCGCCAAUGCCAAACAGCAGCAGGUCCAGGAGCACGAGGAGGUCACUGAAGGUGAGGGCGAUGACACCGACUUUCAGAUCUUCUGCGUCUCCUGCAGUCACCCCAUCAACCCAAAGGUGGCGCUGCGACACAUGGAGCGAUGCUAUGCUAAGUACGAGAGUCAGACAUCGUUCGGUUCCAUGUAUCCAACGCGCAUAGAGGGGGCCACCCGGUUGUUCUGCGACGUCUACAAUCCUCACAGUAAGACGUACUGUAAGCGGCUCCAGGUCUUGUGUCCAGAACAUUCCAGAGAUCCAAAGGUUCCUGCAGAUGAGGUUUGUGGUUGUCCUCUGGUCAAAGAUGUGUUCGAGCCAACUGGCGACUUCUGCCGGGUCCCUAAGAGGAAGUGUAACAAACAUUACUGCUGGGAGAAGCUGCGGCGCGCUGAGGUCGACCUGGAGAGAGUCCGAGUGUGGUACAAGCUGGACGAGUUGUUCGAGCAGGAGCGGAACCUGAGGACCGCCAUGACCAACCGAGCUGGAUUACUGGCUCUGAUGCUGCACCAGACCAUCCAGCACGACCCCAUCUCCACCGACCUGCGCUCUGCCAAGGACAGGUAGACCUGGGGACUCCCAGGACAAGGACAGAUAGACCUGGGGACUCCCAGGACAAGGACAGGUAGACGGGGGGGACUCCCUCCAGGACAAGGACAGGUAGACCUGGGGACUCCCUCCAGGACAAGGACAGGUAGACGUGGGGACUCCCUCCAGGACAAGGACAGGUAGACAUGGGGACUCCCUCCAGGACAAGGACAGGUAGACCUGGGGACUCCCUCCAGGACAAGGACAGGUAGACGUGGGGAUUCCUUCCAGGACAAGGACAGGUAGACGUGGAGACUCCCUCCAGGACAAGUAGACUUGGAAACUACUUCUAGGACAAGGACAAGUAGACAUUGAGACUCCUUCUAGGACAAGGAGAGGUAAAUACUCCUUAGACAAGGACAGGUGGGACUCCUACCUGGAAAGAAACAAAGACAGGUGGGGACUCCUCCAGGGACAAGGACAGGUGGGGACUCCUCCAGGGACAAGGACAGGUGGGGACUCCUCCAGGGACAAGGACAGGUGGGGACUCCCUCCAUGACUGCUGUUUGGAACAACCUUUCGUCCACUAAAGACCAAACCUAGAGGGGCGGUGCCUGAGGCUCCGCCCCCAGGUGGCCUGAGGCUCCGCCCCCAGGGUGACGCAGGAGUUUUAUUGAACUUGUACUUGGGAGACAAAGAUGAGUACAUGCGUUUCUUGUUAGGAGGUAUGGGGACAGGAACUUUGUGUUUUGUCUUCUGAAGAUUUUACAACUUGAUUUUAACUGAAAAUGUUCUUCUCUGCGCCGGACUGCAGUUUUUAUCAGGAAUGUUUAGCAGCUUCCAGAAAAAGGUUCAGAAACAGAAAUCUGAGACGUCAUCGCUGGGAACAAUCUGGUGCUAAACCCCGGUAACUAUGACAUCAGUGGUUCUGUGAUCAUGUGAUGUUGAGAUGCUCUUCUCCUGAACCUCUGACGGUCACAUGUGGCUUUGCCAAAAUGUUGUUGGUGCUGGAUCUGAUCUGGACUCUCCGUCCAUCCGACUUCAGUCUUCUGAAGGACUUGGGCCCACUUACUUGUGUUUUCGUCCUCCAACUUUGAUCUAGUCCUCAUUUUCACGUCCAUCCGUCUGGCGUCGGCUUCAACUGCGCAGACCAACAUCCGACCAUCUUCCGUCUAAGUUUGACUGAUGUCGUUUGUCUAACCGUCCAACAAUUUUGGACUGACCUCAGUCUUGUCUUCGUUCCCGUACAACUGAUCGUCUGGCCAUCUCUGGCUGGACUGUCGACUGUCAGCUGUUUUUAUUGACUUGCACUCCAACAUUCCAGUCUUCGGUCUGGUCCGGUACGGUCCGGCCAGUCAGAGACAAUUCCGUUGCCUUGGAGAGACACAGCUGUGGUACCUGAUGAUGAAACACUACGAGUUGUGACAUCACUUCCUUUUUCUCUUCACAGUAAGAGCGUGUUGCUGGUUCUCGAUUUGGAUCCGAACCAGUCGUUUUAAAAACUCUACAAUGGUUCUUCCCUAACUGGGCGGGGCCUGUUGCCUGAUUGGUUGCUGCUUGUGUGAAUACUCCAACAGCCAUCAAGCAGUCAGUCAGACUUAUAAACUGUUUCUGAUGAUUACAUCGUUUUUACUCCUGAUCAGUUUGUGUUUUUAUAUCCAGUGUUAUUGAUCAUGUUGCUGUUUUCCUCCUGUUGUCGACUUUUAU